UACUCAGAAAGACAAAGAUAAUAGGCUCAAUAGCACAUUCCUCACUCCAUAUAUAUGCUAGGACAAAUUUGUACAAAUGCUCCUUCUUCCCUAGUGCUAUUAGUAAGUAUUAAUAAUUAAGUAUUAGAGCAUGGAAUGGGUUGCCUGAGCCAGCCAAGAAAACCAAUGACUAGAUUUAUCUAGGAAAAUGCAUAGGAUGUAAUCAUCUUCUUUUUUGAAGUAAUGUCUGUAUUUUAUAAGUGUAAGAAUUUAAAACAUGGCUGACUUUGGUUAUGCUCGAUAUGGUGAUGAGGAUGAGAACGAAGAAGAUGAGGAAGGAGAAGUUGGAUCAUCUUCACGCCUUAAUCAGAGAGAUGGCCUCAUUUUCUUGAUUGACGCCUCCGAGUCAAUGUUUGAUGAUUUAUUCCAAUUGUCUUUGAAAGCUGUGAAGUCUACCAUGCAAAACAAAAUCAUCAGCAGUGAGAGAGAUUUAAUUGGAACUGUUUUCUUUGGCACUGAAAAGAAAGACAAUCCCCAUGACUUCAAUCAUAUCUACAUAUACCAGUCUCUUGAACAACCAGGUGCUCAGAGAAUUUUAGAUCUAGAAGAGUUAGAGAAUAAUGGUAUAUCAACAUUUGAUAAAGACUUUGGUCAUAGUAGAAACUAUUCUCUUGGUGAUGCAUUCUGGACCUGUCUGGAAAUGUUUUCUAAAGCUGACAGCAACAAAACCAUGGGCUCCAAGAGAAUUCUACUUUUUACCAACACAGAUGAUCCACAUAGUGGCAACACCAAGCUUAAGAAUUUUGCUGAGACGAAAGCCUUUGAUCUGAGCAGUAACAACAUUGUCUUGGAAUUGAUGCAUUUAAAAAAAUCAGGAGAAACGUUUGAUUUCAAUAUAUUCUACAAGAAGCUGCUUUACAUUAAUGAUGAUGAGCUUACAGAAUUGCCAGAUCCUUCUGAUAAGAUUGAAGAACUUUUACAAAGAGUUCGAGCAAAAGAUCACAAGAAAAGAGCAUUGAGAAGAAUUCCUUUAAGUCUUGGAGAAGGUCUGAACAUAUCUGUUGGAGUGUAUAAUUUAGUUCGGCACUGCCCAAAGCCAACAUCUAUUAAACUAAACAAAAAAGAUAAUGCAGAGCUUGUAACUCACACAAAGACAUACUUACAAGAGACUGGAGAGGUGCUCAUGCCUCAAGACCUCAAGAAAUCUCAGACUUACGGUGGGCGUAAAAUUUGUUUUGAAAAUGACGAAGUUGCUGAGAUGAAAAAAUUUGGAGAGCCAGGUCUGUACUUGAUGGGAUUCAAACCUACAGCUUGUCUAAAGAAAUAUUUCUUUGUCAAGCCCGGACAGUUUAUUUACCCUGAUGAAAAUAAAACGGCUGGCAGCACAACUUUGUUCACUGCACUGCUUCAAAAAUGUUUGGACAGAGAUGUGACGCCAAUCUGUAAAUAUAUUCCUGGCAACAAUUUCCCUCCAAGAUUUGUAACACUGUUGCCUCAGAAAGAAGAAAUAGAUGAGCACAAGGUUCAAGUCACACCUCCAGGCUUUCAUGUUAUUUUUCUGCCCUUUGCUGACGAUUUUCGCAAAUUGAACUACGAUGCAAAACCUAAAGCCACCAAGGAACAGAUCGACAAAGCUAAAGAAGUGAUUAAAAAACUGAACUUUAAGUUCUCAAGUGACAAUUUUGAAAAUCCAGUCCUGCAGAAGCAUUGGAGGAACAUAGAAGCCUUGGCAUUGAAACGAGUUGACCUGGAAGAAUUUGUGGAUCAUACAAUGCCCCCAACAGAAGCUUUAAUGAAAAGAGCGGGAAAAGUUUUGGAAGAGUUUAAGGAUUUGGUUUUCCCUUCAGACUACUACCAGAAGACAAAGGCUUCUAGCAGUGCAGCCAAGAAAGCUAAGACUGAAGACGCUUUAAUAGACAUAGAUAUCAAAGAAGAGGCUCGUGCUGGAAGGCUGACUAAACUGACGGUGCCUAUACUGAAAGAAAUCAUCAAGAAACAUAAGAUAGCAACAACAGCCACGAGGAAGAAUGACCUCAUCGAUGCAAUCGUCCAACAUUUUGGAGUUUAAAGAAAACAUUUUGUUAACAUGUUUAUUUCUUUCAUGUCAUUCCUGAACAGAGUGAUUCACAAAUUGUUGUUAGAUUUAAGAAUUAUAUCUCUAGCAGAUUGUUAGUUGUUGUUUUUUUCCACACUAUUUCACUAUGUACAGUUGUGAUGUUUGUUCAAUAUUGCAGACCUCUAUGUUCACUGGAAUAUGUUUUACAUUUAGUGCCAUGUUGAGUUUUAAGAUACUGGUUAAUGUUAUGUACAUUAACAAAUUGACUGAACUGUAGUAAAACAAAUACAAUUCUGAAUUCUAAA